CCCGUCUCUUCCUCUUACUUCGCCACACGCCUCUCCAACUUCUAUCCCUUCAAACCUUUGAUGGUCGCCUAAGCUUUUAGGAGAGAGACAUCUUCCUUUGUCUGGUAGUCGUCUCCAAUGGCGGUUGAGCUUCUAGGGUUUUCCAAAAUGGAUGAGCAGAUCGCGAUUCAAGAUGCGGCUUCGGCUGGAUUGAAGAGCAUGGAGCAUCUGAUCCGCAUGCUGUCUCAUCAGACCAAUCAAAACCACAACAUGAAUCAGCUCGAUUGCAGGGAAAUCACAGAUUACACCGUUUCCAAGUUCAAGAAGGUCAUUUCCAUCUUGAACCGUACCGGCCACGCCCGCUUCCGCCGCGGACCGGUUUCUUCUUCUGAUUCUCCCUCGUCUUCAACCUCCUCUGUGGCUCCUCAGACUCACGCCCUUACUCCUGCUCCUGUCACUUCACUUCCCGUUCCUCCGGCGGCGCCGCCUCCGGCGAGUUUUGUUCAGCGGCAGAGUUUGACGCUUGACUUCACCAAGCCUAAUCUUGUGAGCUCCAACCCUGUGAGUAGCGAUGUGGUUUCUACGAGUCAGUUCAGCAAAGAGAGCUUCGGCUUAUCGCAGCCUAUGUCGUCCGCGACAAAUUCGUCAUUUAUGUCGUCGAUCACCGGAGACGGCAGUGUUUCUAACGGAAAGCAGGGGUCAUCUCUGUUUCUAGCUCCAGCGCCGGCCGUUUCUGCCGGUAAACCUCCUCUCUCAUCUUCUUGCCGGAAGAGAUGCCACGAGCAUGAUCAUUCCGAUGAUAUAUCCGGAAAGUACUCCAGCUCCGGCCGUUGCCAUUGCUCUAAAAGAAGGAGAUCUCGGGUGAAGAAAACUAUUAGAGUGCCAGCAAUCAGUUCGAAAAUCGCCGAUAUUCCUGCGGACGAGUACUCGUGGAGAAAGUACGGCCAGAAGCCAAUCAAGGGCUCACCAUACCCACGUGGUUAUUACAAGUGCAGUAGCAUGAGAGGGUGUCCCGCUAGGAAACACGUGGAGCGGGCCUCAGAUGAUCCAGCGAUGCUGAUCGUGACGUACGAGGGGGAGCACUCUCACUCACAGGUCGCGAUGCAGGAGAUGAUACCCCACGGAGGAGUGGGCUUGGUGUUCGAGUCAACUUGAAAAAAAGGACUCUAGUAGAUUAACGUGGGGAGCGGUGGGAAUGGGUUGGAUCUGUAAAUUAAGAAGGGAAGGGAGGGCAUAAUGGGGAAAGCAGUGUUGAGUGAAGAGGUGGUCCCUUUGUUGAAUUAGAUUAAAUUAAAUUUAAUUAAAUGGACGACUUGAGAUUCGUCUUCA